AUGCCUGCCAAACGACACGCGGCCUCAUCGGCCUCCGCACCAGCACCGAUUACAACCUCAACGCUCUCGUCCGGCCCUGCAACCCUGAAAACCAAUUCCUCAGUCUUAGACAUCACCAGCCAUGUCUGGCAACAGUACCUCGCCAACACCGCCCAGCGCACAUUGCUCCUAGACGCCUUCAUGGCCUUCCUAGUCCUCGUCGGUGGACUCCAAUUCGUGUACUGCGUGCUGGCAGGAAACUAUCCCUUCAACGCCUUCCUGAGUGGCUUCAGCGCCGCAGUCGGUCAAUUCGUUCUCACAGCCUCCCUUCGCAUGCAGACUAGUGACUCUAACUCCGGGAAAACAUCCAAGCCCAGCUCGAAGGGAAAGAAUGCCCGUUUCGCGGAUGAGGAUUCUGAGGGGGCGGACGAUGGCAUUUCGCAUGAGCGCGCGUUCGCCGAUUAUAUUUUUGGAUCGCUCAUUCUACACUUCUUCUGCAUUAACUUCAUUAACUGA